AUGGCCAUUCGAUCUCGAGUCUCCGCGGCGAUAGCGGGUCGACGCGACUGCGACGAGCUCGUCGACAGCAUAGUUCAGCUUGAAGAGGACGACUUCCCAGCAUAUUUCAGCGAAAUAAAUGGCCGACUUUACUCUUCCACUUGCUCCUACCCGCUCCCGGUCGACGGACACGAGCAUCAGCGUCAAAGAGCGCUACACAACAUUCUUAGAGGAACAACGGAACAAAUUUGCCUGGCAAAGCUACGCCAUGUUCUUGCCAGGGGGCGCUACGGACUACCCCGGGCGUUGGACGUCGGGACUGGGCUAGGGACAUGGAUGCUCGACCUUGCCGAACAACUGCCGGAGGUAGCGUUCCAUGGACUCGACGUAGUUCCCAUCGGCACUCGGUAUCCUCCCGAUAACGUCACCUUUCAUAUACACGACUGCAAGGGGGGUUUGAUCUACCCUUCCGCCACCUUCGAUGUCGUCCACGGCCGUCUAAUUUCACUCGGUCUCCCCGACUACGGAGAUUUCCUGGCAGACGCGAUACGCGUUCUACGUCCAGGGGGACUUCUCUCCCUCUGCGAGUGGACAAGGACCAUCGGCACGGCGGAUGGAGGCAACAUCUCGCAUUGCGCGCCGCGCGCUUGCGCGUUCCUCGAUACUCUCUCGGACGUACUCCGGUCUCGACGUGGUGUCGAACGGACAGAGGUUCUUUUCCAAAAGCUCUUCGGCUUCCAAUCUUACUUUGAUGGAGGCCAGUUUGCGGUGGUCUUCAUGCCGAUCGGGGACUGGCACGAGGACUCGGCCUUGAAGGCAACGGGAACUAUAUAUCGUGAAAUUCUUGUAAGUUAUGCAUACUCCAUGCGCAGGUUGCUGGAGGAGGUACUCCCGUCCGACGUUGUUGAGGCCCUCAUCUCGGGAUUCGUCUACGAUUUACGUAGUUCGUUUGGUCUAGGUUCUUCAUAUUAUACAUAUCACGGAGUACGCGUCUGA